UGUUGGAGAGAGAGACUGGUCUUUGUUCCAACAAAAUGGCGUCGACAGGGAGUAGCGAUGCUGAAGAAGACAUCCAAGAUCAAUCUUUUAGCCCCAAAAAGGUCGGCAGAGCCGCCGAAUAUCCCGAAUUUGCAAUCAUUUGGUCUUACUUGGAGAACUUUUGCGAGUUGCUAAGGUUUCCAGAGCUCAGUUUAGACGGUUUAGAGGACGGUUUUAACAGCCAUUCGUCUCGUAACGAAAAUUACAGACAACUUGAAUUCCUGUAUAAGAAGCUGUUGGUCAAAUUACAUAAGAACUUCAGGCCUGAAAAAUGGGAGAAAGCUUUACUAAAGGUUGCUAAGGAACAGAAUAUGCUAAGUUCAUGGGAUCUAGAGAACUUUGGAUACGAUGAACUUAAAGUCUGUACCAAGCUGGAAUUGUUUAAGAUGCUAUUAGAAAGCCAAUUUGAUUGCAAUAACAAGCUUAAGACCGAAGUUAACAAGAACUACGAAGCUGAUGAGCUACGGCUAAGACCUUUUGGGCGGGACAUGGAUGGACUUCUAUAUUGGUUUCACAUGGAUGAAUGUGGUGGRGUAAGGUUAUAUUCCACUGAAGAAGAUGAAGUGGAAAAUGAAUCAUGGAARCUUUUAGCAUCUGACCUUGAUGAAUUGGGGGUUGUUGUGGACUAUUUGGCGUUAAAAUCAGCAACCAACCCUAAAGAUAUUGUWAUGGCCAAGAGAGAAGAAGAAAGAAAAAAAGAAGCAGCCAAUUCAAAAUCAAAAAAAGGAAAGAAAUCUAAGAAAGCGGCUGUCAAAGAAGAAGAUGAUGAUGAUAAUCCAUGUGCAAGAUGUUAUUCUAAUGUCCAUCCAGAUUCAAUAUUAUUGUGUGACAAGUGUGACGCAGCCUAUCAUACAGCCUGUCUGCGACCACCAUUAUUGAAUGUACCUCAAGGAGACUGGUUCUGUCCAUUCUGUCAACAGCUUGUUUUACUAGAGAGGCUAAAAGAGAAAAAAACUMGAUUGGUUGCACGGCAAAAACUUAGAGCACGUCAGGCAAAGAGGCUUGAUAAAUCUGGGAUGAAUUUAUCCAACAUUUUACAGGGACCAAAUAGUGAUGAAGAACAGAUCGACACAAUAAGACGGUCUGGACGAGCAAGGAAAACAGUAGACUAUACUUUCAGAGAUUUUGAUGAGGAAAUCAAAGACGCAGUAGAAGUCGACAUAAAAAGCACUGAAAUGAAUGGCCAUCCAACCGGGAAACCUGCCUUCGCUGUUGAUCGGUUCUACACUGGCCGCAGCUCUUCGAAACCUGCAUCGAGGGUUGGAAAACGGAGAUCGCGAAGGCUGAAAGACUUAGAUUCAGGAAGUGAUACGGACUCGAAGUAUAGCGAUUUCGACUACGGCGCCAGUUCGGAUGAUGAUCGACCAAAGCCACCAAAACGCCAUGUUUACUUACGGAGGCAUAUUAUCGAGGAUGAUGAGGAAGAAGAUGAAAAUGAGGAAGACAAAAAGCAGGAAGAAACAACAAUUGAAGAAAAUGGAGACAAGGAGAAAACCGAGCAGGAUGAGGUGACGGAUGAAGGAGAUCGGGGUAUGAAUGAAGAGAACAGUAGUAAAGAUGUGAAAGAAAAAGAGAGUAACGAUGAACCGACUGAGGGUACACUAACAAACGAGCAAGAAAAAGCUGAAAAAUCUUCCAACGAUUCUCGCGUCUCUGGUAAAGAAGGUGAAGAAGACACCAGCUCGGAAAAGUCAGGACCCACAAUAAAGACCCCCUCUUUAAAAACUGUUAAAGACAGUGAAACGAAUUGCAAAGAUAACAGUGAGCAAGAUAAAGUUACACCCGAAGAGAAGAAACAGGUGGACGACAGUAACAAGAAGAAAGCACAUUCUGAUCAGCACAAGAAGGGUUUUCUUGAAGUACCUGGCCCACAGAGUAAGCCACCGCCUCUUGAACGUAUCAGCUCGCCUAAAAUAGACCCACUGCUCGAUUCUUUAGGCUUUGGUGCGCUAGCUUCGUGUUUCACUAGUAACGAAAGAUUACCUGCAAGACCUGAUCCUUAUGGCACCUUGCGAUCACCAACAGCGUCGCGCAGUCCUCGUUCACCCUUGAGGYCAGAUCCUGGUUUCCCUACUGACAGGAUGGGAGUAUCGAGAGUCCCUUCUUCGCCCAGUUCCUACCCUCGCGUGGGUGCUGAUAGUCGAUAUAGCUUCCCAGACUACGGGCAGGCUUCGUCGUAUGGAACUUAUUUCGGGUACAAUCAAUCGGGUCUCUCGACGGGUACUUACCCCGGCUCACCUCCAGGCAGACCGCCAUCUUACAGCAUCAGUAUGGCAGGAUCAAGACAAUAUCCAGGGUAUGACCAAGCAGCGUUCUCAAACAGGGAAACCUCUGCGUUCAGUCAGACACCACAGUCACCAUCCUACAAUCAGUCUUCUACCCCUGCUAUGACGCCGUUUGGCAACCCAUUAUCCACUGGCUACCCAACAGCUUAUUCUGACACGGGAUCACGCGCCGGAUAUUAUCAAUCUUCAAACCAGGGCUAUGAUAUACCGAGUAAGAGCUCUUACAGUCAUCCAUCACAGGGAUACUAUCCAGAUGAUCCAUUUUCUGCCGGAAUGUACUUAGGUAAUCCCACCGCAAAUCCCCUGCCACCCGGGGGUAUUAAUUCAUGGCCGACCCCUCCCCCAGGCAGUGGAUCGUACUUCCCCCAGUCCGGUAUGGGUCAAAAUAGAACAGGCAUUUAAGCAAGGGAAUAUCGUUCCAUGUAUGAAGUACCUAUGUGCUUAUCGAACCAAACUUUCAUGUGUAUUGCGCGGGCUGCCUGUGUUACUGAGUAACUGAAGGUGUUAUGUACUUGGGAUACGUGUGGCAAGACUGUGCUGAUUGUGUCAGAGACCUUAGCAAGUCUUCCUAGCCGGCAAUAUACCGGGACAUUUAUUGUAAAGUCAUAUAUACGUACGGACAUUUUAAAAUCGGUAUGCACAAAUGACAUGUUGUUUUAACUCGGAACUGUUUUCAAAAAAUCGAAUAUGAAUUACUACGUGAAAAAAUCUGAAGAGGAAUCACUUUUCUUGCUCUCUUAUACCGAUUGUUUUAUUCCUACUUCCUUGUUUUUUUCCUGUCUUCCUCUUUUGCUAAACCACAAUGUAUAAUGUUUAUCGAACAGAAAAAGGUGUUUAAACAACUCUCCCAUCCCACCCACAGGAAAUUCCUUCCCAUUGCAAUCACGGCUCGUUAAAAAACGACUAGCGCUAACAAACUAAAGAAAAGACAGCCUUUUUAUCCCUCGUUUAAUCCAUUAUCCUCGUGAAAUCAUUUAACAUUUUGUGGUUUUAACAUAUGCAUGAGGUUUAAUAACUAGGUGACAAAGUUUUAUUCUUGGUGAUAUACAAUGUGUACAGACCUCAGUGGAUGGUUUUAAACUCUAAUAAUGGAUUGUGUUCUGUAUAAGAAAGAGAAAAAAGAUAUGAAAUAUGUAAAGAAAGCACUCGAAUAUUCCUUCCUUUCUAGGUAACAAUGUAUCAUUCAAUCUUCAGUUAUUUGUAAUAAACCUAGGAUUAUCAAGAAGUGAAAAAAUGAAUGCUUAUAAAUAGCCUAACGUUAUGAAAAUGCUUGGUCAGGUUGCGCUUUGGAGGUUACGAACCCUUUAGUCACCAUCCCUGUUUUCGCUUCGCCAGUCAAUACGUAAAAUAAAACGAUAUUUUAUGAGAUUAUAUAUAUAUAUUAUAUAUAUUUAAGAAAUUUAAUAAACAACUCUGUUUUAACUGGAA